AUGGACCAUCGCUUUGCCUGCAAGCGGAGCAGCAGCAGCAACCCCCUGCGCGGGCUAGGCGAGGAGCUACUCACCAUCGUGUGGGAGUCCGCCUCGAGCGAGCAGCUGGGCUCGUGGCUCCGAGUGCCGCUGGAGCACGCCGCCGCCGCCGCCGCCGCCGCUGCCCCGGAGCACCGCUGCAACGACGACAGCAGCCCCGCCCUCUGCUUGAAGCUGCUCGAAGCGGGCGCGGACGCCUUCGUGCGGCGAGGGCCGGUGCUCGAUCGCUCCCCGCUCCUCGCGGCAGCCCAGGCGGGCAACGCUGCCGUCGUGUCCGCGCUGCUCGACAACGGCUCGGCCCCGGACGGAGAAGAAGAAGACUGCUGGGAAUCAUCGAUCUUCAGCAGCAGCAGCAGCGCCAUCACCGUGGGCGUGGUCGACGCCAGCAGUAGCUACGGGGGUCAACGGACGCCGUUGCACUUUGCUGCCUCCGGGGGGCAUGUCUCGAUGGUGAGGGCCUUGAUCGGUGCGGGUGCGGACUUGGACACGGCGGACGGGGAUGGCUGCACCCCGUUGCACCUCGCCGUUUUUCGAGGCUUCGAGGAAGUCGUUCAGGAGCUAGUGGACGCCGGAGCCAGCGUGGACACCAGCGACUCGGAGGGCGAGACGCCUCUGCACACGGCUUCGGCGCACGGAUCCCUAGGCAUGGUCAAGGCGAUCCUGCGCGGGUCUCGCGAGAGCAACCUGCCGUGCCCCACGGACCACCUUGAGAUGCCCCCGCUUCACCGCGCGGCGCUGGGAGGGCAUUGCGAGGUGAUGUCCGAGCUGCUACGCCAGGGUUCCAGCCUACACACUCUUGCUGGGAACGCCCGAACAGCUCUGCACGCGCUCACACCGCAGAAGAAGCAGUAGUCACCUUGGACGACCAACAGCAGUAUGGUCCAGGGUGGGAAAGUAGCUCAGACUCGUUCGGGGCGUUAGGCUGACUCUUAUGGCUCCCGAAAGUUGGCCCGACGGAUUUUUUUGGACGGGCAUACCCCCCCCCCCCUGAUUUCGACCAAGAGACAGACCUCUCACCACAUCACCACAGAGUUCUCCCUCCAUGAUUGUCGGGUCGUCACCAGAACUUGAAGGCUGUACGCACCACACCUGUAGGCGUAUUUGAAGCUAGUGGUGACUGCUGUGGGGUCUGUGUGUGCU